UGUGAAGUCUGGCUCUGACGUACUCAUCGUGCCCCGUCAGUCAGUCCGUCGCACGUCAGUUCAGACUGUGGAAGAGACUGAACAGCUCACGGAGCUUUACAAGCUCCUGGCAGCCAAGGACUUUCAGACACAAAUAGAGGGAGUGAAUCUCCUCCUCGAUUACUGCAGAAACAGGCCCCAGCUCGUCUCCACUAACAUUGUCCAGAUUUUUGAUAUUUUCAUCCUAAGACUUCAGGAUUGCAACAAGAAAGUGAACCACCAGGCACUGGAGGUCCUGGCUUCGAUGAUACCCAUACUGGGAGGUGCCUUACACCCAGUGCUGGUCUCUCUGGUAGCAGCAGUCACAGAGAACCUGAACUCAAAGCAUGUGGGGAUUCACAGUGCAGCUAUGAAAGUGCUGGAAGCCUCCACUGCUCACCUCGAUAACGCAUUGCUGCUGCAAACCUUGGCCCAACGAGUGCGUUUCCUCAGCGGCCAAGCUCUGCUGAUUGUCACAGAACAUCUCUCAGUGCUUGUGACAUCUGUUUACCCCCGGAAACCCCUGACUGUCAAGCGCCACAUCCUGCCCACCCUCUGGUUCUUCCUGGAAAACAGGAUCCUGCCUGUCCGAAGCAGCAACGUCAGGGCUGUGGUCUCCAAGCUUGCACACAGCCUCUACCAAGUGAUGGGCUCCAGGCUGAAGGAGUACGCCGCCAGCCAGCCUCAGUCUGUGGCAAAAAACUUCUUAGACAUUUUUGACCCGACCUGAAGGUGGGGUGAAGGCUUGGUGUGCUCCAGGAAGCUGCUGGAGGGGCAACAACUGGGUCAGGUGGAGGCAAAGGUGGAUGUGGCAGUGGCAUUGGUUUUAUUCUGUGUGUUUGAAGGACGGUAUUUGUGGAGGAAUGGCUGUGUGAAAAAGGCCACGAUUUAAUUGCGAUGAGCAACCCAGUCUUUGAUGUAGAUAAAGGCCUGGAGAUGACCAUGAACUCUCCUGGGAAAAGCAGAAAUAAGAAGCAGCAGCUACUUGGUAGAUAAGAUAAACGGGACCGCAUCCAGAAGAUGAGAGAAUGUUGCUGCGCGUGGACAAGGGGUCUACACCAAUUGUGUGAGCGCUCCAGUCGCGUGAACAGAGAUUGUAAGCCAAUCGUAGAGCUACCGCUAGCGCGUGCUCUGCUUGCCUGUCUAUAUAUAUA